GUUAAUUCCACGUAAGAUGCAAUCAACAUUUGAAGCUCCCAUGCAGUGUUACGCAUAAAGAAGGCCCUUCAUCCACAUAUUGGUUAAACAGUUUAUUUUGAUAAUGCUAAAAAUAAAUAAAUAAGCAGUAGGGAGCUCAAGUGAUCCAGGACUAAUGAAGACUGUAGGCUUAGUCUUUUCUGUAGAUUAAGUACAGUUAGCAACCAGUCACUGAGCACUCCAGACAACUGUUCAGCAUAUUAAUAUGUAUAUUUCUGCUGCCUUUCUCAUUGCUUCUUUGUGCCUUUAUACUGCUGGGAUCUUUCCCCUGUUUUCUCUCUAUUCAUAAUGUUUUGGAUGGUUUCUUAAACUAUUUUUAUAUAUACAUCUAAAAACAAAACCUUACGCUGAAUUCUUGCCUUUAUAACCAAGCUUAAUGAAUAUAGUUUUAACAUUCACUUGUGACUGAAAACAAGAAAUUGUAUCUUCAUAGAUAAAAUGAUAAAAAUUGAAUCUGAAAAUAUUCCUAACUUCAGAUUGACUUGAGAGUAGAGAGUUUUUUAAAAGAUGUGUUAACAUCGCAAGUAGUUUUUUGUUUUAGCACUAAGCUUUGCAUCAACAAAUCUUCAUCUAUUCACUGAUAAAUUAUUUCAUCUACUGUAGUGGUGGCCAGAUGAAAGUGAAUUAUUUUCGUUAUUUCAGAAGGCCUAACAAAUUGUGAUUUACUUCAGAAUGAUUAUACAAAGUGACUCAUCAAGUUGAUUUCUUUCUGGUUUGCAUAAUUUAAUUUAGUAUAAUAGUACUAAUUAUUUGAAGCAUAUCAAAGUCUAUGAGUAGUAGAUAGGUCUGGAGUGUGGAGGGAUAAUAAAAGGGGCCUUUGGAGAAAAACAGUUUAGGAUGUCCAUUGCAGUUUUUUAGAAGAAUGAACACAACUGCGAGAGUAACCGUCAAAAGGGCAAGACUGCUGUAUUCCACAACCCCAAGUGUUACCGUUCUGAUUAUAUUUGAGGUUGUGCUCCAGAGAGUCUAGGGAAUGUUAUUGGAUACCUCUUAAUAAAACGGAAGUGUUCAUUGGUAUAGCAGAAUGCCCUCCCCCACUAAAAACAAAAAUAAAACCCUGUAAAUAUGUUAUCUUACUUGGCAAAAGAGACCCGACAUAUGUGAUUAAGAAAUUUGGAAUGGGGAGGGGGAUCAAUUCAUCACAAGUUUCCCUUUAAGAGGGAGGCAAUAGGAUCAUAGUCACAAAAGAAGUAUCAAGGUCAGUGGGAUGAGGGGUCACUAGCUAAGGAUUGCAGACAGCCUCUAGAAACUGGAGAAGGCAAGAAAACAGAUUCUUUUCCCAGAGCCUCCAGAAGGAAUGAGUUGUAUUUUAUAACUCCUUAGUUGCAGUGUACAUUAUUUGAUAUUUAAUAGUUGGCUAAACUUGUUAAACUCCCUGGCACUGCCUGACUGAAAAGUAGGUAAACCUUAGAUUUGAGAAUUGAGGUUGUGGAAUUUGAUGCCAGCCAGCUAGCCUGCUUGGUCAGGUCAUCCACACCUCUGGAAGAUGUAUAUCUCUUAACAAAUUAGGUGGAGUCAAAAACACUCAUUGUCCCAUAUGCAAGUACUUUGAAGCUGGCUUCUUGGUAGAACUUUCUCUGAAUUCCAGUUGGUGAUAUAAGGAGACUGAAAUGUUGAGAGGGAAUUACCUCAGGCCUUUAUUUUACCCUCCAGCCUGGGCCCUUAACAUAAACAUGGGGGUAUUUGUUUCUUCCGUCUGCAUUUUCCAAAAUCUCAUUGACAAGUAAGUAUCAAUGCAGAGCCAUGUGUGGCAGUUUCUCUUGAAUAGUUAGCCAAAUAUUCAGCAGUCUAAUCUACAUUUUUUUAAUAUCAUGCAUUGUUAAUUUGGAAUUUAAGUAUGCUCUUGAAUUUGUUGAAAUGUUCAUUAUUUGCAGUUGUUUUCAAGUUCCUGUUCAUUCAACAUUUUUCAGUGACUUCUGUGCUCUAUUUUAAUAGGCACAAGGGGUCGAUGUGAACCUCAGUAAAAUAGAGGAGACCAUUACAAUACAGUUUGAUGGGUGCUAUCUAUGAUACACACCUGCACUACAAUCCUGACUGCUUCGUAUGGCAAGUGGGGACAGGGAAGACUUCACAGAGGAGUCUGCCAUUUUCAAUUUUCAGAGUCUGUUGACUGUAAUCUUGCUGCUUAUAUGUACCUGUGCUUAUAUCCGAUCCUUGGCACCCAGCCUCCUGGACAAAAAUAAAACUGGAUUGUUGGGUAUAUUUUGGAAGUGUGCCAGAAUUGGUGAACGGAAGAGUCCUUACGUUGCAGUAUGCUGUGUAGUGAUGGCCUUCAGCAUCCUCUUCAUACAGUAGCUUGGAAGAAUAUCAGAAUUUAAUUGCUAUCAGAUUUCAGUAUGAAAAAAGGACUUAUUUACAGAAAAUAAUGGAAUGAAUGGUUAACCCUUUUAUCUCUGAACAUUGAAUGAGAUAAAUUUCCAGCUGCUGUUCUCUAUUUUUAUUAUUGGACCAAUGUUCUAUAUAAAUAGGAUGUAACCAUUUAAUACUCGACGAGGUUAAUAUGUCUGUAACAAUCAACCUCAGUACCAUCACUACAAUAUUACAUUCUGCAAAUGUUAUUCUGUUAUGUCAGAUACCAGUUUUUAGUGAGGUAUCUCUAAGGCGCAUAAUAGAAAACAAAAUUGGUAAAUGACCCAAGUUUCUUUCACUGUGAUUCGGGAAUGAUAAAUCCUUAUAGAAUGAGACAUUUUUCUGGACUAGCUUUUUUAUUGGAAAAAAAAAAGGUUCCAUUUGUGUUGAUAAGGAUUGCAUUCAUAUUUAAUAAUGCUUGCUUUUUCCUCUGGUCACACCAGAGCAUUAACAGAGUACCUCGAAGCAAACUCGCUAGUGUAUCCCAGGUGUUUCAGCCUUUUAUAACAAGCCUAUGCAGUUCUUAAGGAAGAAGAUAAAUGAGAUCAGACUUAAGAGUAGUACCGGGAAGAUAUUCACACUUAGCAUAAAAGAGUUUAGAAUAGCUGACUGGCAUAGUAGCCUCUGAAAACUCUGGAUAAGUAUGGAUAAAGAUCUUAAGCAUAAAUGUGACCAGCUGUCAUUCUCUAAAUAAGACUGCAUUCUUAGAGUGAAAGUAGCAAAAUAGAACAAUUAAUUACAGAAUGAUUAUCCUAUUUGUGUUUUUCAUUCUUUUAUUCUUUUUAGUGUCAGGUCUCCACUUAUUUUAAUUGCCCCAAAACAAAGUGUAUUUUGUUUGUUUUUAAAUACAGCACUUUAAAUCUAGUUUACUUUUUGUGUCAACUUGAACUAGAAUCUUCUGCAUAACUCAGUAGGUGAUGGUAACAGUUUUCAAAUCUGCUUAUCCAUAUACCUUGUCAUAAUUAUCUUUGAGUUUUGAUAACAGAGAAAGAGCUUCAACGGUUUCCAUCAAAGCAAGUGAAACAUUUGGAAUGUGACUUAAAAAAUUUGCAGUAGAGCAGUUAUAAGUUUAGUUAUCAUUUCUUAAGUUUCAACUGAAAUUCUGUUAGAAUUUCGAAGCUAAGAGGAACUUAAACAUCUUAGCUAAAAAUUGCCCAUCGUAGGUGGUACUAAUUAGAUAUUGUCCUCAGCUAUUAAUUCCUUUUCUUUUUUUAAGAAAAUAUUUAGAGUUAUUUGAAAGUGAAUCUGCCAGUAGCUCUUUCUGUAGAAACAAAGUUUGGAACUAAAAGCCAUCUAUUUUUAAAGAACACUUUAAAGUACUUGAAAAGAAUUCUAGGAAACAUGUAAGAAAAGCUUGUUAAGCAUUGCCUCUUAAAAAGAUAAAAGCUGCUGUAAGCUAUCAAUAUAAUUGUUUAUUUUCUAUUUUUGGCAUAUCUCACUUGCUAAAAGUUGUAUAUUUUGCUUUAGGCAGGGAAUCAGGUUAUGAUCAUUGUGCCUACUCUGAACUGUCUCUUGGGCUUUGCGUCAGGUCAAGACUUUUCAGGGUAUCCUAAAAAUAGGACUCUUAUCAGCAUAUACAUGCAGAGUAAGUCACCUUUCUGGGUCUGGCUUCAGAGUGGCCAUCUGUUGUCCCACUCUGUUGCCAACUAGACUUUCAAAAGCUAUGUCAACUAAUUUUUUAUAUGCUAACACAAAUCUAAUAUGAAUAAAGGGAAGAAUAUUCUAGAUAAUCAGUUCUAGGGCAUUUCUUUAAUUUUGGCAUUUUGGAGAAGGUAGGUGGAAAGUGGAGGAAGAAAAAAGUUCUUUGAAAAGUUUGUGGUAACAUACAAAAAAUCUUGCUGUGUGUAGAUGCUCAACAGAGUGGGAGGCAGCUUAUUUCUGACCCCAGACACUGUGACCUUUUGAAACACAAGCUCUUUGGGAGAUAGAGGAUUCUAUGAAGAAAAGCAAUUAACAUUUUCUUUAAUGUACUUUUUUCAAAGAGCUACCACUGAAUCCUAUUCUCUACUCCAAAGGGCAGUGUAGGUAGUUUUAGGCCCACAGAAUAUUCAGAUAUUCCUGUGGUGGUCUUGGUGGGGUGGUAGGAUGCAGAAGAGGAUUAAGGAUCAAUUUAGCACCAGAUAGACCGCCUCUGUCACACAGUCUUACUGCGGGGCUGGAAGGGGUGGAUGGUGGGCACGGAGGUCCACAGCUUCCAAGGUUUGGAUACUCUCCCUAAUCUCUUUCCUGGCUCCAGAAUUUUUUGAUUCCAUCUCUCCUGGAAAUUGUUCUGUGCUGAUACUUGGUUCCUGAAUGGCCUCAGCUUUGUCCAUGGCAGGAGCCAGUCUUCCUUCUGGGCAGUCUUAAAAAAUGGUCAAUUAAAAGACCACUUAGUCUGUUGAAUUCCAUCCGUAGCUUAAAAAAAUUUGGACUCAAGUCCAGUGUCUCGUAAAUGCCUGUGCCAGGCACUUUCCAUGUUCAAGUUCAAAACAGCCUCUUCACACUGGGGAUAAUAGAAAUAGGUCAUCUGUAACGGAUUUCUGCAUCUUAGUAAUAUGCACAUCAAUAGAAGAGGUCAGAAUGAAGUGACUUCUCCAGGUGGACAGAGUGAAAAAUGAACAGGUCUCUGCCUAGUUUUGUGGGAAAGACCUAGCAUUUGUAUAUAGAAUUUAUACAUUUGACCCUUCUUUCAAGAAGCAUUUGUGGAGUAUACAGGACCUUAUCACUGAAGACAGAAAAACAAGUACAUAAUUUCUGUCCUCUAGUAGUGCACAGUGCAGUAGAUGAGAGAGAUGAAAUUAUUUAUACAAAGUGCAAUGUGAUAGCGUUUAUUAUUGAAAUAAUGCCAGGAUUCUGGAAGAAAAUAAGGGUGACAACUUAGAGGUAAGAAUUUCCUGCCAGAGAAGCAGUGCUUAAGCUGAAUUUAAGAGCCAUGUGCAUGUCAUGAACCAUAAGCACCUAGCUUGUUGUGCCACUUGGGGAGUAUUAAGACAAUAAGCCUAUAAAGGUGGACAGAGGUUAGAUCCUAGAGGGUCUUGUAUUUUUUCUCACUAUUACCUACCUCAAAAUUGAAGUUGAAUACAAUGUUCCCUCCUGCCUGGGAAAAAAAAAAACCUUUGGUGUAUGUGUAAACAAGGUUAAGUAUAUCCAUGCCAACCUUAAUUUGGACCAGGAAUACAAUAGUAUACUCUCCAGAGACUCCCCUGUGUAGUAUCUAAAGCCAAGGUAACAUUAGUCAGGUCAAGUAUUUUCAGCUCAUACUUCGUCAAUGCCUAAAAAGCAGCCAUGAUUCUCAGAGCACACAUCUGCACAAGAAGUGGAGGUGGUUGCACUGUCUACGUUUCCCGUGUGCACAGGAAAGAUUUCUAGUAAGCAAGGACUUGUACUCUCUUCAAAAGCUUUGGGAAGGUGCUGGAUCAUAGGAGGCUGAAAGGAAUUGAAGAUUCUUAGGGACCACUUUGAACUUAUUUGGUGUUCAGUAAACAGUAGAUGUUCAAAAUAGAAGUAACUGAGUAAAGCGUUGUGAAUACGAUAGCCUUGUCAGUCUCAAUCAGCAAGUUACCGCUGGCUUCCAAAAAUAGCUUCGUAAUUAUGUCAUUUAUAUACUGCCUUCCAUGAUUUCUUUUACUUUGCCCUAAACUAAUCCCAAAAUAAUCUGAAAUGCACCUCCGACAUCAAAAAAGGGGGAAGGAGGAAAUCUAUUUCCUGUGAUUUUAAGAGAACAGAAUCAUCCUACUCUGGUUAGUGAACAUGUCUGUGGUGUGUAAUAAAAAUCAGAACGAACUCUCAA